AUGGAUGUGUUCGGUGCAAGCAACCGCUAUGCAGGAGAAGGCGACAACCCGAUUCUGGACCAGGACCUGGAUGAUCCUGACGGCUAUGAAGAACCGGACCCGGGGCUGCUUGAGGAAAAAAAUGAGUCGUUCUCAGAGGCGCUUCCGCGGCUUUUUACCAACCCCUUGCGGUGGCAAAACCUGACCCUGCGAGCCCGUGCCCGCCAGUUGUGGCUACUCCUACGUACAGGCCUCCAUGACGUCGUGGAAAAGGAAAAGAGAGCCGAGCUGAGUGUGGCGCGCUUGACGCACGGGCUGGAGCCGCUGCGCCGCCUGGAGGUGGCAGCUGGGCUGUGCUCAGUGGCUCAGGACCCGGUGGGCAGACGCUUCGUGGCACUGGAUCGCGCAGGCUGGCUGCACCUGCAUAGAGAGGACGGCUGGGCCCGCGAGAAGCUACUGGCCCCCGUCGCGCUCACAGGGCUGGUGGCAGUGCUGGGCCCACUGGGCACCGUGGGCCGCUUUGUGGGCUGGGGCCCCGCGGGGCUGGCCAUACUCAGGCCGGACCUCAGCUUGCUGUGGCUGAGCCAGCCAGGAGGGUUGCACAGGGCACCAGGCCGCGAACCCAUCUGCUGUCUGCCGGUGCCGGACCUGGGCCUGCUGCUAGUGGCGGAGGCAGGCGACAGCCUGGCGCUCUGGAAGUUUCGUUCAGGAGGUCGCCGCCUGGUGCAGCACAGGUCACCUCUGCAGCUACCGCCAAGCCCCAUGGGUGCCCUUACGCGUCUAGCUCUGGGGCCCCUGCCUCCCGACGACGUCUUGUCCUGCUUUGCGGCCUGCGGCUCCGCCGUGCUCACCUUCAAUCUGCAUACCUGGGCUCUCAUAGAUGUGCAACGGGAUCUGCACAAAACCACCAUCUCCGACCUGGCGUACUGUGCAGCGGCAGAGGUUAUGGUGACGGCUUCCUGGGACAGCACUGUGAAGGUGUGGGAGUCUGACUGGCAGAUCCGGAUGGUGUUUGUGGGCCACACAGGCCCGGUGACAGCUAUAGCCGUGCUCCCGAACACGUUCCUGGUGCUGUCGGCCUCGCAGGACCGGACGCUGCGCACGUGGGACCUGCAGGCUGCGGCACAGGUGGGCGAGGUAGCGCUGUGUUGCUGGGUCCAGGACAUGCGGUUCCGGCGCGUGAACCGUCUGCUGGCGCCCGCCGGCCCCAGCUGGCCGGUGCUCUCCUUGCGCGAGAGCAGCUUGGAGCUGUGGCGCCUGCGCGAACUCUACUCACCCUUGGCGCAGCUGUCUGCGCCGGUGCUCCACCUGCAGGUGGCGCCGCCGCUACCGGCGCCUCCGCACCCGCCGCUGCCCGCGCGCCUCGUGUGCGCGUGCGCCGACGGCUCGGUCUACCUGGUGUCAGUCGCGACCGGGCGCACCGUGAGCGCUCUGCUGCUCGAGCCCAACGACUGCGCGGCCGCCGUGGCCUACUGCUUGCCGCGGGAACAGCUGUGGCUGCUGACCCGCGCCGGACACUUGGUGUGCGCCAACGCGGCGCGCUGCCCCAUGCGCGUGCUGCACCGCGUGUGCCCUCCACCGCCCCCGGCGCGCAGGCCCUGCUGCCUGCACCUCUACAGCCACCUCAUAGACCCCAGUAGUGCAUUUGCCAUAUGGGAGAUCGUGCGCCAGCGCGGGGGCGAGCUGUGCCGAAGCGACAUGGCCUGGGCCUGGAAGGACAAGAACCGGUACCUGCCCGUGGUGGGGUACACGGAUGGCACGCUGUCGGUGCUCGAGUGGCGCUCGUCAAACCCUGUCUUCCAUACGGAGGCACACAACCCCAGCCCGGUCACUGCCAUUGCGUCCACCUGGAACAGCGUUGUGUCCUCGGGCGGAGACUUGACAGUGAAGGUGUGGCGGGUCUUCCCGUAUGCUGAGGAGAGCCUGAGCCUGCUGCGCAGCUUCUCCUGCUGCCACCCAGCCGUGGUGCUCUGUGCACUUGGGCAGCGCAUCACUGUGGGCUUUGAGGACCCGGACAGCGCCACCUAUGGUUUGGUGCAGUUUGGCCUGGGCAACAGCCCACGCUAUGAUCACCGGCCCCAGGAUGACCCCAUGGACCACAUCACCGGCCUGUGCUGCUGCCCCACACUCAAGCUGUAUGCCUGCUCCAGCCUGGACUGCACCAUUCGCAUCUGGACAGCAGAGAACCGCCUGCUGCGGCUCCUGCAGCUGAAUGGCGCCCCACAGGCCUUGACCUUCUGUAGCAACAGUGGGGACCUGGUGCUGGCGCUGGGCUCCCGCCUCUGCCUGGUAUCCCACAUGCUCUACCUGCCCACAUCCUACCUGGUUAAGAAGCUGUGCCGGAAGGCCCCUGAUGUGGUAGAUGACUCCCCACUGCCGCUGACAGGCCAGGAGUCGCUGACUUCAGCCCAGCUGCAGCAGCUCGCCAACCUGCAUAGGGCGGCCAGUGUUAGCACGGCGUUGUCUUUCAUCCAUCACCAGACAGCAGCACCUCAGCAGCCAGUGUUGGAGGAGGACUUGGAAGCUCUAGUUUCCCGGGACCGAGACCUUCGGCAGCUGAGACUGGGGCUGGUGGUCCCAGUGGCCCGGCCCCUACCAUCCUGGCAGCAGCGCCAAGAGGCCUUUGAUAACUACCUGCGUCUGAUUUACGGCCCCGUCCUGCUGGGCAUUCAUUCUGAAAGAGAGUCCCAAGAGUGCAGCAUCAUGACCCUUGCAAUGGAGAGAGAGACCUGCGAUGUGUGCACCCUGCCCAGAGUUGUCCCCAGUCUUGGGCAGGCUGGGGUCUGCACUGACACCCCAACAGCCUUGCCCCCACAGGGCCUAGGGGCCCUGGGCCGGAGCUUUGCACGCCCUCCCCGAAUCACCUUGCCCAUACCACCCAUCCUCCGGAGGGUGCACAGCAUGGCAUCCCAGGUGAGGCCUCCCACCCCUCACCCUCACCUUGUGCCCUCUGUCCCUCACACUAUGACUCCUCCUCCCAUGCCCCAGCUGCUGGCCCGCUCCUCCCUGAGCUGUGAGCUGGGCCUCAGUCUGGACCGGCAACUGCAGUCAGAGCACUUCCACCCGGAGAAGCCUAUGGCCUUGGACCCAUCCUCCUCCCACCUGCAGAACAGGAUCCCCCUGCUUCAGAAGAGGCGGCCCAGGGAGCUUCUCUCCAACCUUGGGGGCUUCUUUCCUGCCACCAUUCAGUCCUACAAGUACUUGCCGAGGCCGAUCCGCUUCCCUGGCUGCGUGCCCAACUCUGCGGUGCUGCAGCGGAUGUGGCUGCCCUGGGAGGUUGGCCGCCUUGGAGCCCUGGCCCAGCUCACCAGCCGCCGCCGCAGACCUAAGCCACGCCCAAGCCUGGACAGCCUGUGGCAGCCAUGGGUCAUUAGACGACGCCAUGCCAAGGAGCACCAGAAGCAGAUCCAGUGGUUGGAGGAGGAGGAGGAGGAGGAGGAGGAGCAGCAGGAUCUGGAUCUGGACUGGGCCUCAGAUUCCCUGAGCCCACAUGGAGAGCUCUCUGAGUCAGAGGAGCCAGAGGCUCAGAGCUCAGAGGACUUGACCCCGAAGCCCACGAGCUCCCAGGACACUGCUGCCGGGACCGAGACCUACUAUGGGCAUUCGUUCUGGGAAGAGCGCUACGGGCAUCUGCCCAGCUUCCUGCAUUUUUUUGUCUCCCAGAACUGGUUCAAAAAGCUGUUCCCCAUCUUCACCCUGGAGGCGUACCCUGAGGUGGGCACGGUGGAGGGCCUGGCCUCUCUGUUCACUGACCUGCUGAAAGAGGCCUCCUGGGCGGACCGUGUGUACAUCCUGCAGGCACUGCUGAGGCUGCUGCCUGAUAUGAGCAAAGACCUCUGUAGCCGGCUGCAGGGCAUCCUCCUGCGCUUGCUCAACCUGGACCAGCCCCCCAGCUUCGAGGACAGGACACAGAAGCACUUUGUGAUGCUGGCACUGCAGGUGCUCAUGGCCUGCUCCAUGGAGUCCCACGAGGCGGUGCUGGAACUCAUGUCCUUCUUCCUCUACUCACCAGCCUCCUGCCAGCCUGAGCUCAAGAAGCUGCUGGAUGCGCUAGGCCUCCAGGACCCACAGGGCUUCCUGUUUAAGGACAUGAUGACCUGGGUCCACAGCCAGGACCUCGACUCCAAGGCCACACUGCGCAAAUGCUGCUGCCAGAAGCUGGAGGAAAUGAUCCAGCAGCUACAGGUCGGGCUGGCAGGGGUGGGGCGGGCCGCCUGCCAGUGGUGCCUCUUGCCUUCUCCCAAGGCUUUCCCCAAGUCCAGCAGGGAGAGCCUGGUGAGGCUGACAGGCUCCUUGCCUCGUUCUAGCUCUGUGCAUCAUUUGUCCUCCAUGAUCCCCCUCUCUUGGGAUCUUCAUGCUCUUCCCAGGGAGGGAGCCUGCAGCGGGGUCUCAGGCUUGGAACCAGAGGCAGCACCACUUGGACCUACUUGUUGGGGGAGGGGCAGCCUCUGCCUUGGGCUGGGGUAUGUUCUGGACUUGCCACCUCCUCCACAGAUGGAAAUCCUGCAGCUGUCUGAGAUGCCAUCCAAGAUCUCUGAGACCUCAGCACUUCCCUCUCCUCCCAAGGAGGGCCUAUCACAGAUUUCGAUGGUCUCUGGGAUGCCCAUUCACAUCUCUGUGACACCCUCUGUUCAAUCCCGGAUGUCCUCACUGGUGGUCUCGCCUGGGGAGCCAAACUUGGCCACCCCAGAGGGCCAGGCUCAGCAGAUGCUCUCACAGCUACGUGUUUGUCCGACGAGACGCAGGAUCUCUGAGAUACUGCCACACUUCUCCUUGCCUGGGGUCCACUUGCACUCCUUGGCACUGGCCACACUGCCCAAUGAGCCACUGCCACUGGAGCAGACACGGUGGUCACAGGUGCACAUGCUGGACCUGGAGACAAUCGAUGCGCUCAACUUCUUCUGCAAGCAGCAGGCACGGCAGCAGAGCUCCCUGCCUGAGACCAAGAGCCUGCGCCCGAGUGCACAGCUGAGCCUGUACCCACAGGUGCCCAACACAGUGGUGCCACAGCCCCAGGAUCAGCGGCACUACCCCUUCUUCCGGCUUCAGGAGGGCAAGGUCCAGGGGUCUCCAAUGAGACUGAAGGGCCAGAUGGUUUCCAGGCUCUGGGCAGGCCGCACCCUUGACGGCCCCAUCCGGAUGCUGAAGCUGCCACUGCCACGGGUGGAACUGCAGCCUUUCCCCCCAGGCUGGCCCAGACCUGCCCGUCCGCUGCCCCCACUGCUCCUGCAGCCCACCCUGCAGCGAUACUUUCUGCCAGACAACACGGACCCUGGCAGCUACAGCUGACCUGGUUGGCAGCCUUGCCCAACCCCAUCCCUAGCUUCCCCUUCCUUCCAGCAUGGAGUCUGGGCGUGGCUCUCCAGCCAGCUGCUUACCCCUGGCCAAGGCCUGGGGCUGGAAUAAAGUCCAGAGGCUGUGGUCAGCAAAUUGGAUGCCACCUCCAUCCUUGGGGGCCUCUGGGGUGGGCAGGGAGAUCCCGUUGGUAUGUCAGGAACCUGCCAAUGGCCAGUCACAUGUGCAAGGCAGGAUCUGGGGGCAUGGUGGAGUGUGAGGUGGGACAGGAUCUGGGGAGUGGGCACCAUGAUGGAGCAGCAUCCCUGGUGGGGUGGGCCUGUCUACUGGGAGAGGGACCCAUGGCGUGGGCACAUCCUUGCUCAGGCACUUCAUCAGUCAAUUACUGGGGUCAAGAUGGGAGGCGAGACUAAUGGGUCAGCAAGUGGCCAGGUAUGGAGAGGAGAGGGGAGGGUCUGGGUGCCACGUGGGGAGGGCUGCAGUCAUUUGAUGCAGGUGAAACCAGGAGUCUGCCAGCACUUUGUUACCUCGAGGCUGUAAGGGAGAAGAAUCGAUGAAGGGGCCUCAUCCAAGAAGCAAUGGAAGGGCAGCGUCCUCUGGACCCUUCAACCUAAAGGUCACCAGGAGACAGACCUUGUCUGUGAAGCGCAGGGUCUCAGAGGGCCUUUGCUUCCUUCUGAAUUGCCGAGACCUCACAGGGCACUGGCUGCCACCUGUGGGGCCCAGGUGCACAUUGGCUGUUGGGACUGCUUUUGUGAAGGGCCCUUUGUACACCCUUCUGGUUCCCUGAACAGAGAUUUCUUUCCUGUGAGUAUUUUCAGCCUCCAACUUUAGAAAUUUCUUCUCAAUGGCUUUAUGGUUAGAACUGGUCUCCCACACCUUCCCCAUCACCCCCAAACUGUGCAGAGGCUCUUCUUAUGCCGGUGCCUGGCAGGUGGCUCUUUCCUGGGCCAAGCUGGGCCAGAGGUGCCAGGCCUG